UGGUAUGAGUCCAUAGGACCUGGGAUGGCAGUGACUUGGCCAGGUGCGCGAGCGGGACUGCUGAGGAGACAUCUGCCCCGGGUCCGCCCGCCAUGGUUCCCCAAGGGUCCAGACCAUGAAGGGGCUGCCGGAAAGACGACCGGUACCCGCAUCCGUGCCCACUGCCCGCCGCCUGACGCAAUCUGAGGCGCCCUUGCUGCAUGCGGGAACUGGGGAAACCUCCCCCUCCGUUGCAUCACUCCUGCCAGGUUUGCUACAGAGGUGGAGUCGAACCAAUCAGCAGGCACUCUGGGCGGGGGGCAGGCUGCGCAGUUACCCACUCAGAACGCGGCGCGGUUAACCAGGCAGCAAUAUCCGAAUAUGAUUGGCCAAAAGGAAAUUUUCCCCGCCCCAAUAACCGCGGCAUCUGGCCGCGGUGGGUGGGGCUUCCCAGCCGGAGGGUUUAAAGAGCGCCUCGGACGAGGCCGCGCAACUGGAGCGACCAAGCGGUGCCAGGCCAGGUGUGCGCGUCCGUGGGUCCUUCCGUGCAGGUGCCGGAGACCAGCCCUGGAGGCCGCCCGGGCCCGUCCCUGUGCCCGGCACCAUGAAGCAGGAGUCCGCAGCCCAUAAUACCCCGCCCUCCUCACCACCCCCAUUGCAGCCUCCUCAGGACGACAGCGACCCCCAAGCCCUGUGGAUUUUCGGGUACGGCUCCCUGGUGUGGAGGCCCGACUUCGCCUACAGCGAUAGCCGUGUGGGCUUCGUGCGAGGCUACAGCCGCCGCUUCUGGCAGGGAGACACCUUUCAUCGGGGCAGCGACAAGAUGCCUGGUCGUGUGGUGACCCUCCUUGAAGAUCAUGAGGGCUGCACUUGGGGUGUGGCGUACCAGGUGCAAGGUGAGCAGGUGAGCGAAGCCCUCAAGUACCUGAAUGUGCGGGAGGCAGUGCUCGGCGGCUAUGAUACCAAGGAGGUCACCUUCUACCCCCAAGAGGACCCUGACCAACCACUCAAGGCAUUGGCCUAUGUGGCCACCCCACAGAACCCUGGUUACCUGGGCCCUGCACCCGAGGAGGCCAUUGCUACACAGAUCCUGGCCUGCCGAGGCUUCUCCGGCCACAACCUGGAGUACUUGCUACGCCUGGCAGACUUCAUGCAGCUCUGUGGGCCCCAGGCACAGGACGAGCACCUGGCAGCCAUCGUGGAUGCUGUAGGCACCAUGUUGCCCUGCUUCUGCCCCACCGAGCAGGCUUUGGCACUGGUCUGAGGGGCUGAGCCCCUGCAGGGAGUGCCUACAUGAACACAGGGGCCAGGUCCCCACUCCAGUGCACAGAGAUACUUGAUACAGCUGGAGCCCACUGAGAGGACUCGGUGGCCGGCUGGGGGCCUUUCUUAAGCCCCUGCCUGUCUGCCAGCCCCCAGCUCUCCUGCCUGACACUCACUGACUUACUACUUGAAACUUUAUUUAUUGCACCAUGUUGGUGUGGUGGGCAGGGUAGGGGGCCUGCCCUGGACACAGGGGCCCUGCUGAGCAGUGCCCCACCCCAGGCACCUGAUGCCUGACCAGAUUCCCCCCAGUGCUGCUGCUAACCCCAUGAUACCCAGGCCCCCACCUCCCUAGGGAGCCUCCAAGAGCCUUGACACUCCUCUGCCCUCUACCCCAGACCAACCAUUUCCUAGUCCCAGAAAUACCACCUGCUAAAGGUCCCAGCCUGCUGGUGAGGGAUAGGAGGGAGUGAGGAGAGGGGGCCCUACAAGAACUGAGGUCCCUGCCAGCCCUGCUCAUCCCCCAGGUCCCCAGGGCACAGCUGGAUCUGGAGCCCAGACAUAGCUGAGUCUGGACAUGGGCCUGUCACCUAUUUGGCCUUGUUUUCCUGUCCUUCUGUAUGUCUGUCUGUCAGUCUGGGAAGCUCAUCACUACAGGCCUUGGUACUUCUUAGUCUGUCCCAUACUAUUAUCCAUAAACUGAUUUCAUUA